CAGGAUUUAGAGCUUGCUCAAAAUGCGACAGCUAAAAGAGCGAAAUCGGCAACUGAAAAUUCAGGGCAAGAUCUGGUUAAAAAACCUUAAAAGCGGCUUGAAUCAGUUUCGAGAAUGCCAGGUGCGCGGAACGCGAAAGAACUUCCUGCACAAUGGCUCCUUCCAUGAGGCAGUGGCUCCGGUGCUGGCAGUGGCCCAGUGCUUCUGCUUGAUGCCCGUGAGUGGAAUCAGUGCUCCCUCCUACAGAGGAUUGCGCUUCAGCCGGCGUAGCUGGCGCUUUUGGUACAGCUCCUUGUACCUCUGCUCCACGUCGGUGGAUCUGGGCUUCAGCAUCCGCAAGGUGGCCCACAGUGUGCUGGAUGUGCGCAGUGUGGAGCCCAUAGUUUUUCACGUGAGCAUCCUGAUCGCCUCCUGGCAGUUCCUGAAACUGGCCCAACUCUGGCCAGGAUUGAUGCGCCACUGGGCGGCGGUGGAACGGCGGCUACCCGGCUACAGCUGCUGCCUGCAACGGGCUCGUCCUGCCCGUCGCCUCAAGUUGGUGGCCUUCGUGCUGCUGACAGUUUCGCUGAUGGAGCACCUGCUGAGCAUCAUUUCGGUGGUGUACUACGACUUUUGCCCGCGAAGAAGGGAUCCCGUGGAAUCCUAUUUGCAUGGCACCAGUGCCCAGUUGUUCGAUGUGUUUCCGUACUCCAACUGGCUGGCGUGGCUGGGCAAGAUUCAGAACGUGCUGCUCACCUUCGGCUGGAGCUACAUGGACAUAUUCCUGAUGAUGCUGGGCAUCGGUCUCAGCGAGAUGCUGGCCAGGCUGAAUCGCAGCUUGGAGCAGCAGGUACGACAGCCCAUGCCGGAAGCCUAUUGGACUUGGUCACGCACUCUUUACCGCUCCAUAGUGGAGCUCAUACGGGAGGUGGAUGACGCCGUGUCCGGCAUAAUGCUGAUAUCCUUCGGCAGCAAUCUGUACUUCAUCUGCCUGCAGCUCCUCAAGAGCAUCAACACCAUGCCCUCCUCCGCCCACGCCGUCUACUUCUACUUCUCGCUGUUGUUCCUGCUCAGCCGUGCCACGGCCGUGCUGCUCUUCGUGUCGGCGAUCAACGACCAGGCCAGGGAGCCACUGCGUCUGCUGCGCCUUGUCCCGCUCAACGGCUAUCAUCCGGAGGUCUUCCGCUUUGCCGCAGAGCUGGCCAGCGAUCAGGUGGCGCUAACGGGCCUCAAGUUCUUCAAUGUCACCAGGAAGCUGUUUCUGGCGAUGGCGGGUACGGUGGCCACCUAUGAACUAGUGCUCAUCCAGUUUCACGAGGACAAAAAGUCCUGGGACUGCUCGUCCACCAAUUUGAAUUAG